AUGGACAUGUUGCCAAAGCGCGAUGGUAACCACGUUCCUCUGAGCCCCAUCACCUUCCUCCCGAGGGCCGCCUCCUCCUACGCCGACCGCACCUCCCUCAUCUACGGCAGCACCACCUUCACCUGGAAGCAGACGUACCAACGCUGCUGCCGCGUCGCCGCCGCACUCCAGGAGAUGGGCGUCUGCAAGAACGACGUCGUGUCGGUUCUUUCACCCAACUCGCCGGCGAUGUACGAGCUGCACUUCGCGGUGCCCAUGGCCGGCGCGGUUUUCAACGCCAUCAACUCGCGCCUGGACGCGGCCGGCGUGGCUACCAUCAUCAACCAUGCCCAGCCCAAGGUGCUGCUCGUGGAUUACGAGUACACCGGCCUCGUGACCGAGGCGAUCAAAGCCCUGAGCGCCGACGCGCCGAAGCCAACGCUCGUGGUGAUGGACGACCAUAACAAGCCCACAGGCGCCCGCAUGGCCGGCGCUGACAUCGAGUACGAGCAGCUGGUGGCGAGAGGAGACCCGGCGAGGUACCCUCCCCGAGUCCUCGAGGACGAGUGGGACGCUGUCACACUUAACUACACCUCCGGCACGACGGCGGCGCCCAAGGGCGUCGUGUACAGCCACCGCGGCUCCUACCUCAGCACGAUGGCCAACAUGAUCCAGUGGGGGCUGAGCAACGAGGCCGUCUACCUCUGGUCUCUCCCCAUGUUCCACUGCAACGGCUGGGCCUGCACGUGGGGCGUUGCGGCAUGCGGCGGCGUCAACGUCUGCAUCCGCUCCCCCACCGCCGUGAACAUAUACACCUCCAUAGCCACCCACGGCGUCACCCACAUGUGCGUCGCACCGGUGCUGUUCAACGUCCUCAUAGAGGGCCGCCGUGAGCCGCUGCCCCGCCCCGUGCAGGUGCUCACGGGCGGCGCGCCACCGGCGGCUUCGGUCCUCGACAGCAUCGAGAAGCUCGGGUUCAAAAUCACGCACUCGUACGGCAUGACGGAGGCGACGGGGCCUGCUACGUAUUGCGAGUGGCGGCAGCGGUGGGACGCGCUGCCGGCGCCAGAGCGGGCGGCGCUGAAGGCGCGGCAGGGCGUGAGCGCGCUCUCCCUCGCCGCGGUCGACGUGAAGGAUCUCAACACCAUGAAGAGCGUGCCCCGUGACGGCGCCACCCUCGGCGAGAUCGUGAUACGCGGGAGCGGCGUCAUGAAGGGGUACUACAGGAACCCGGAGGCCACGGAGGCGGCGUUCCGCGGCGGCUGGUUCCUCACCGGCGACGUCGGGGUGGUGCACCCGGACGGGUACGUGGAGAUCAAGGACCGCUCCAAGGACGUGAUCAUCUCCGGCGGCGAGAACAUCAGCAGCGUCGAGGUGGAGUCCGUGCUCUACGGCCACCCGGCCGUGCUCGAGGCCGCCGUCGUGGCCAUGCCGCACCCGCACUGGGGCGAGACGCCAUGCGCCUUCAUGUCGCUCAAGGAAGGCGCCCCCAAGGUGAAGGAGGAGGAGGUCGUCUCCUUCUGCCGCAGCAAGAUGGCGCGCUUCAUGGUGCCCAAGAAGGUGGUGUUCGUCGAUCACCUGCCCAGGAACUCCACGGGGAAGGUGCAGAAGCUCCUGCUCCGUGAGAGGGCGCGCGCCCUCGUGGCAGCUGCUGCCAACAACAAGGAACAACACCUGAUCAUCGCUGGGAACCCGAAGGCCACGGAGGCCGCCUUCCGCGGCGGCUGGUUCCUCAUCGGCGACGUCGGGGUGGUGCACCCGGACGGGUACGUGGAGAUCAAGGACCGUUCCAAGGACGUGAUCAUCUCCGGCGGCGAGAACAUCAGCAGCGUGGAGGUGGAGUCCGUGCUCUACGGCCACCCGGCGGUGCUCGAGGCGGCGGUCGUGGCCAUGCCGCACCCGCACUGGGGCGAGACGCCGUGCGCCUUCAUGUCGCUCAAGGAAGGCGCCCCCGAGGUCAAGGAGGAGGAGGUCGUGUCCUUCUGCCGGAGCAAGAUGGCGCGCUUCAUGGUGCCCAAGAAGGUGGUGUUCGUCGACCACCUGCCCAGGAACUCCACCGGAAAGGUGCAGAAGCUCCUGCUCCGUGAGAGGGCGCGUGCCCUCGUGGCAGCUGCUGCCAACAACAACAAGGAACAACACCUGGUCAUCGCUGGGUCUAGCAGGCUUUGA